AUGGUCAGCAUAGACCUAAAGAAUGCUUUCGAUACGCUGUGGUGGCCGGCUAUCAAGCAGGCAUUACGAAGGGCCAAUUGCCCAAGUAACAUAUAUAGUAUAAUAAGCAACUACCUGCAGGAUCGGAAGCUAUUAGCGGUGCAUAAUGCAGGCAUUAUCGAAAAGGUGCAAACUAGAGGAUGUCCGCAAGGAUCGUGCGCCGGGCCGCAUUUAUGGAACUUAACGUUCAAUGAAGUACUGACAGCGACGUGGCCGGCGCACACUAAAAUCAUUGCAUACGCGGAUGACGCGGCGCUUAUCGUAAAGGGUACCACGCGAGAAAAAUUACAGAAAAAUUGCAAUGAAGUUUGCGCGAUCUUUCAUGACCAGUGUACCAAACUUAAGCUCACAAUUGCAGAACAUAAGUCAAAAGUCCUUUUAAUUCCGAAAAAAGGAGGAUCCUUAGUAAGACGCCCCACCAUAAAGAUUAACAACCAACGCCUGCAGAUAGUGGACCAGCUAAGAUAUUUAGGGGUCACUUUUGAUCAUAAGAUGACCUGGAUCCCUCACGUGCAGGAUCUCAAACUCCGGACGGCAGCCAUAGCCAAACAAAUGAAACUCUUUUAUGGUCACAAAUGGGGGCUUAACCCCCAUAUUCAAAAGGUAUUGUACACGACAGUCAUCGAGAAGAUAGUGACGUAUGCUGCCGCAGUAUGGGCCUACCCAAUGCAAGGAAGGAAGGUCAGACAUCUUAACAGCAUACAACGACCAUUCGCAUUGGGAAUCACACGGGCCUACCGCACCACCUCCACCGAUGCCAUUAACGUACUUGCUGGUCUCCUUCCCCUGCACAUCCGGGUUGAGGAGGAGGCAGCACGCCAACACAUUUUGCAACUUAAGAAGGCAGUUACUUUUGAUGAUGAAACAUACUACCCGGAUGAGUACGAAACAAACUUCUGCCCUCUUGACGUCCACCCGGCAGAGAAAGGCAAAGGGAUACUUAUCUCAAUUAAUCCCACUGCAACUCAUCACUCAAGGGAAAUGACCAUCUAUACAGACGGGUCUAGAUUGGACGAAAGAGUGGGAUGCGCCUAUGUCGCCACGAAACAAGACAACGCAAUCGAGAAAUGGAAGGGACAGUUAAGACAACAUAACAGUGUCUUUCAAAGCGAAGCAGUGGCAAUUGCACAAGCGAUUCGCUACCUGCACUCGCACCAGCAUAGCCAUGUCACCAUUAAAACGGACAGCUUAUCAUCGUUAUAUGCCAUUUGGAAUGCAGAUCAUCCCUCGGAGAUUAUACAGGGAAUCCAGAGAGAUCUUAGAAGUAACCCCCAGUACCGCACAAAAUUAGAGUGGAUAAAGGCUCAUGUUGGCCACUAUGGCAAUGAACUUGCCGACCAACUCGCCAAAGAGGCAACAACUGACCCGCCUGAUGCACCAAUUAUCAUCCCAUGGCCGCAUUCGUAUUUAAAGAAGACACUACGCCUAAGGGCUACUGGCAUGUGGCAGAACGAAUGGGACCAAAGCACCACAGGGAGAAGGACCCACUACUUCAUCGGCUAUGUGGACACUAGCCGAAAUGUAGCGAACGCACAGUUGUACAGAGUCAGGCCUACAAGUUCAGGUCCCUACUGUUUUAGAACUUAUGGAACCGUUUGUCAUCCAGCAAAUCACUUCCAUCCACCUGAUCCUGCUCAUGAACAGUAUUCCCAACUGUAUAUUUUAGAUUCGGAUCAAGCCCUCAGACAGAGAAUGAAUAUACUUGGAAAUGUUGCUCUGAAUACUGAACUGCUGGCACAAUUUGGAUGCAGUUUUAAGGAAUGUUAA